CGUGUUUCCUGUGUUGCUCUGCAGGAAUUUCCUCAACGCCUGCAAAUCUCAAUGACAAGUCGGAGCGUUUGUCGUUUAUUCAGCUCUUUUGUUCCCAAAUUCCUACAUUGGUGACCCCGGUUUUCUUUGGACGUUUCCAGACUGAGUUAACUGGAUAUGGAGAGUUAGGAAUGAGACCGUCCUCCCCCCCGAGCUCAGCAUGAGGGAGUGGUGGAUCCACGUGGGGCUGGUGUGCAUCCCGCUGGCGGCCGUGUACCUGCACAUCCCCCCGCCCCAGCUAUCCCCGGCCCUGCAGAAGUGGCACGGCGCCGGGCGCGUCUUCCGCUUCAGGAGCAGGGAGGUUUUCUACAGAGACUCCUUUGGUGCUUUAGGGAGCUCAGACGUGGUGAUUCUGCUGCACGGCUUCCCCACGUCCAGCUACGACUGGAACAAGAUUUGGGAUCCGCUCACGCAGCGCUUCCAUCGAGUCAUCGCUCUGGAUUUCCUCGGCUUUGGCUUCAGCGAUAAACCGAGGCCGCACCGGUACUCCAUCUUCGAGCAGGCCAGCGUGGUGGAGGCGCUGGCGUCUCACCUGGGCCUCGGUCACCAGCGCGUCAACCUGGUGUCCCACGACUACGGAGACACCGUCGCCCUGGAGCUGCUCUACAGGAGUGACCAGAACCGCACCGGACACCUGAAUCUGAACAGCCUUUGUCUCUCCAAUGGAGGAAUUUUCCCAGAAGCCCACCAGCCCCGGCUGCUGCAGCGGCUUCUGAAGGACUCGAGUUUCCUGGCUCCGGUCCUGACGCGCCUCACCAACUUCCUGAUCUUCCAGAGAGGGGUAGGAGAAGUGUUCGGCCCGUUCACGCAGCCCACCGACGCCGAGUUCUGGGACAUGUGGACGGGUUUACGCUACAACGACGGCAACCUCGUCCUGGACAGCAUCCUCCAGUACAUCAACCAGAGAUUGAAACACAGAGACCGGUGGGUGGGAGCGCUCACGUCCACCCUCGUCCCACUUCACAUGAUCUACGGCCCUCUGGACCCGGUCAACCCUCAUCCCAAGUUUAUCCGCCUCUACCAGCAGCUGGUGCAGAAAUCCACCAUCAGCGUUUUGGACGAACACAUCAGCCAUUAUCCUCAACUGGAAGAUCCCACGGGUUUCCUAAACGCUUAUUUUAACUUCAUUCACUCUUUCUGAGAGGAUACCAAAUCUACUUCCCCUGCUAAAAAUUAGAAAAAGCAAGACCUGCUGUCAUGACUGAAAUUUGAUUUACUAUUUAAUUACUGCUAAAGAGAAGUCAAAUGUGAGCAGGACAAUAUUUCAGUUGUGCUUUAAUUUAUGAAAGUUGAGUAACAGACGACCACUGAGCCGCUCCCUUAUCUGCUGAUUUUUUUAUAUCAAUUUCAUACAUUUCCUUUGACGAAAGAAAUUGUCAGAUUUUCUUUGAAUAAAAUUAGU